AUGUCUCGGGAAGAUAGGAUACCAAUCUUUCCUUCAAGAAUGGCUCAAGCCGUUGUGAAAGCUCGCCUUGCAGGUGCUCAGAAAGGACAUAGUUUGUUGAAAAAGAAGGCAGAUGCAUUGAAUAUGAGAUUCAGGCAGAUCUUAGGCAAAAUUAUUGAGAAUAAAGUUCUAAUGGGCGAGCUGAUGAAGGAGGCUUCUUUCUCUUUAGCUGAGGCGAAGUUCACAGCUGGCGAUUUCAGCCAUGGCGUUGUGCAGAACGUAAGCAAAGCCCAGAUCAAAGUAAAAAUGCGAAAGGACAACGUUGCCGGUGUUACACUUCCUAUAUUUGAGUCCUAUGCCGAUGGUCCAGAUGCUUAUGAUUUAACUGGCUUGGGAAAAGGAGGGGCAAAUAUAGCGAAGAUGAAGAAGAAUUACAAUAAGGUCGUCGAACUGCUUGUCGAGCUAGCCACAUUGCAGACCUGUUUUGUGACGUUGGAUGAAGCAAUCAAAGUAACAAAUCGGAGAGUGAAUGCCAUAGAAUAUGUCAUUAUUCCUCGUUUGGAACGCACAGCACAGUAUAUCGUUACGGAGCUGGACGAGAGGGAAAGAGAAGAAUUUUUCAGGCUUAAAAAAGUGCAGAAGAAGAAGAAACACGAUAGAAAAGUGAAAGACGAUUUUCUGAAACUGACGGAUGCGCUAAAAAUUACUCCUCAUAAUAUAUUUGAGGACGCUGAUGAAAUUCCGGUUUUAUUCACAUAA